AUGGCAACUACUGUUCUCAGCCCACAGGACUGCCUCUGCGACUCUUUCACCAACUGCGGCAGCCUCCUCUCCACCCUGCCGCGCACCAAAAUCUGCCGCAACCCUACCCCCACCACCACACCCAACUCCGCCAAGCACAACCGCGGCCAAUCCAAUAACCGGAGGAAGCGGAGCCUUAACUCCUCUCCCCCUCCCCGUCCCACAGUCGAACCCUCCCUCUCUCCCCAUGCCGCCGCGACCAAGGUCCUCUCCAUGGGCCAGGUCAAGAUCCUCAAGCGAGGAGAGGAGAUCCAGAAGGACAAAGAGAACUCUCCAGUCGUCGGAUCAGCCUCAACUGCAGUUGAAUUGAAGCCGGAUCUAGUGGUUUCUCCGACGGUGAAUCCAAAAAAUGCAGUCGAAUUGGUUUAG